AUGCAUGAUCGUAGCUCUAAGACCAUUUACAGUGCAACGACCAAGUUAUAUCCCGGUGUUAUUUCGUGCCUUUAUGGUGAUGAGAAUACACCUCUAUCAAAUAUUAUUGUAGGGCCUUUUCCAGAUAUUGGCGUUAGGCCGAUACAAAACGUCUGGCGGCUUUUACCAGAUAUUGGGUCAGCACAAAAAUUCUGGCG